AACCGGAAACGGAAAUCCAAAUAUCUACACAUCAAAAAAUAGCUAGCAUUUGAUGCUACGUCGUUCCUAUUAGAUUUAAAGCAGAAAGAAAAUACCCUACUUGUAGCUUUUUGGAUAUGAGGUAGUUUGUAUUUCAUUUCACUAAUCUUUAUUAGCAGUAAACGUGUAAUAAUUCAAGUACUGUACAUCCAUGCUAGCGUUAGCCUACCACCACCGUUAGCUGUUUGUUGUGGACGCCUGGCUGCAGAGAAGGAUCUGAAACUAUCAGCCAGUAUUGUAGCUGAACGACAAUGGCAGACCCUGCAAGGAUAAAACCCGAAGGUACACCUGAGAAAACGGCUCCUUCCAACGACGAGCAUCCUGAGAGUAAACCAGAGGAAACCGAGAGUGGAUCUACCUCACCUAAACCUACAAAUGAAAACAAAGAGUCAACUUCGCAAGAUCAGCUCAAACAGGAGCCAAAGCCUGAAAUGGCAGCAGCAGAAGAUGAAGAUGAAGGAACUUCUGGCCAGCCUCCUUCUAAAAGACUAAAGGUGGAACCAGAGAAGAAAAAGGAAAAGCGCCACAAGGUCGAUGAGGACGAAAUACAAAAGAUGCAGGUUUUGGUGUCAUCCUUUUCUGAAGAGCAGCUGAAUCGCUAUGAGAUGUACAGACGUUCUGCCUUCCCUAAGGCUGCUAUAAAAAGACUGAUCCAGUCCAUAACAGGAUCAUCAGUGUCCCAGAACGUGGUGAUUGCAAUGUCUGGUAUUGCAAAGGUUUUUGCUGGGGAAAUUGUAGAGGAAGCCUUGGAUGUUUGUGAGAAAUGGGGAGACACACCACCGCUUCAGCCUAAGCACAUGAGGGAAGCAGUGAGGAGGCUGAAGAGCAGAGAUCAGAUCCCUAACUCCAAAUACAAAAAGAUUAUUUUUCACUAAGGACACAGAUUUAAAGGACUGUGUUGGACAUGUCAGCCUUUAAAGUGGUGCCAUAGUUAAGCAUGAAGGUUCUGCAGCUAACAGAAGCUAACUUCACACCGGUUACUUUCUACUUUGUAAAGGCCAGGAGUCGUGACUGCUGUACUGAUGUGGAACUGUUUUUUUGUGUAUGAUUGUAAAUAAAAUAUGUUUAUACUUAAAAUGA